AUGGCAGCAGUGGAGAUUUCAAAUGGCAACAACAUUAAUGCAGCUACAGAAAGUAACCAUCCAGGACAACAUAACCAUAUCAUUCAGCUCGUAGCAGCCCCUCAACAACCACUUGCCUCUGGUGAUGGAGUGGAAAGAAAAAGACACUUGCAAUUGUAUCAAGCUGCCCUGAGUGGUGACUGGGACACUGCUGAAGGCAUUUAUGGGGAAUUUCCAGAUGAAGUUAAUGCUAGGAUAACUAAGCGAGGGGAGACUGCUCUACAUAUUGCAGCUGCCGCGGAGCACACUGAUUUUGUGAAAAAGCUUGUUAGUAAGAUGACCGUAGAGGCUAAAACUUAUAAAAAUAAUGCAGGCAAUACGGCAUUUUGCUUUGCCGCUAUAUCUGGAGUUGAGGAACUUGCCAAAGUCAUGAUGGAGAUGGGAAGUGAUUUGGCAAUGACUCGAGGUAGAGGAAACAUGUUACCAAUUUAUAUGGCAGCUCUAUUGGGACAUAGAAAGAUGGUGUCGUAUCUUUAUGAUAAAACGAACGAGCAGUUAACAGAUGGUGAUCGCAUAGCGUUAUUUGUUACUCUGAUCAACAGUGACAUAUAUGAUGUUGCACUGAAAAUGCUAAAAGCACAUCCCAGGUUAGCCUAUGAUCGUGAUGAACAUCAGCUAACGGCAUUGCAUGCAUUUGCCCAAAAGUCUUGCAUGCCAUCAAACAUUGUUGAUCAAAGCCCCCCAGGAUUUUGGAACAAAUGCCUCAACCCUUUUUCAGGUUACAAAUUUGCUCAGAUGAAGAAACUUAUGCACAAACAAGCUCUUGACCUAAUCCAACACCUUUGGGAACAUGUAGUAUUGUUGGAUGAUGCAACAAUUUCUCGUCAGAUUGGAGAACCCUGGCCAUUAGUAUUCACUGCAGCAGAAAGAGGAAACCUCGAUUUCCUAACCUUACUUAUUCGUUUGUAUCCUGAUUUGAUCUUCAAAGUUGAGCAUAAUAUGUAUAGCAUAUUUCAUAUUGCUAUCUUGAAUCGUCAUGAGGACAUCUACAAGAUGAUAUAUCAAAUUGGUUCUAUUAAGAAUUUGAUAACAACAUACAAAGAUGGAGAAGGGAACAACAUGUUGCAUUUGGCUGCAAAAGUAGUGGAAUCACCCAGUCGACUAAAUGUUAUACCUGGAGCAGCUUUACAACUUCAAAGCGAAUUGCUAUGGUUUGAGGAAGUGAAAAAAGUUGUUCAACCACGGCACAUUGAAGAAAAAAACAGGGAAUUAAGGACCUUGUGCUCACACAACAUGCAAAUAGGAAAUCAGUCACGAGUUAAGCUAACUAAGCCCAGGGAAAUCAAGAGAAGAUACAACUUUUUGAAAGCUUCAUCAGCAAAAAUGGAGAGGAAUUCUGCAGCUUGUGCAAUGGAAUGGAGCAUUCAGCUUGAGAAGGCCCUUCGCUCCAAAAAAUCCGGUCAAGCUAUUGAGGCCAUACAGCAAUUUGGUAAAAGAAUUCUGCAGUGGAGUAAAGAACCCAAACCAACUAUGGUGGUUUAUAACAUGUUUGGGUUAGUUCCAGGAGAGGAUAGGCUCUUUGCCAAUACCAUUCUAUUACGGCUUGCUGAUGCAUUCAGGUUUGGUGACAAAGAAACAAGGGUUUCUAUUGUAAGGGUUUUCUUAUUAGAGCUCAAGUGCCGUGAUAAUAAGAAAAUAAAAAGUAAACAAUACAAAGGGAUUUUGUCAAAGGACAGGGUGCACAAUCAUGUGGAACUUCUGAAAAGAGUUAAAAUAGUUUUUGAUACUGGAGAUGUCGAGUCAAGGGCCUUGGCUUUGGCUCUCUUUGGUUGCUGGGCUCAUUUUGCAAAAGAUAGUGCUCAUAUACGAUACCUCAUACUUUCCAGUAUGAUCUCCUCUGAUGUAUUGGAGGUAAAGGCUUCUUUAUUUGCUGCAGGGUGCUUUUGUGAGUUGGCAGGUGACUUUGUGUCUGUUGUCUUAGAGAUGUUGCUUAAUAUGGUCACUUCAUCUGAAUCAUUGUCGAACAUAAGAAUAGCUGGAAUAAGAGUUUUUGCGAAAAUGGGGUGCUCAUAUUCUGCUGCCAAUAGAGCCUAUAAGACAGGUAUUAAGAUGUUAGACUCUUUGGAAGAGGACCUUGUGGUUACAAUGCUGGUUUCUCUCACCAGACUUGCUUCUAGAUCAACCGUUCUCCUAUUGGAACAGAUUCAAGAUAAUGAUCCAUUUCUCUUCCAAUAUACUUCUUUAUCACCCACAGAAAAUUUAGCCAUCAGGCUGUGA